AUGGGAUGGGAAAACUUGUCCAGCAUCUCAGAAUUUUUUCUUCUGGGGUUCUCUGAGCAGAAGGAGCAGCAGGAAGUCCUCUUUGGGCUGUUCCUCUCCAUGUACCUGGUCACUGUGUCAGGCAAUCUUCUCAUCAUUCUGGCCAUCGUCUCUGAUGCUCAACUCCACACCCCCAUGUACUUCUUCUUGGCCAACCUCUCCCUUGCCGAUGCAUGCUUUGUGUCCACCACAGUGCCCAAGAUGCUGGCAAACAUAUGGAUCCAAAAUCAGGUCAUCUCAUACGCAGGGUGUUUAUCGCAACUGUAUUUUUUCAUGUUAUUUGUGAUGCUGGAAGCUUUCCUCUUGGCUGUCAUGGCCUAUGACCGCUACGUUGCCAUAUGUCACCCACUCCACUACAUUCUAGUCAUGAGCCCAGGGCUCUGUGUCCUUCUAGUCAUUGCAUGUUGGAUCAUGAACGCUCUUCACUCCCUCUUACACACACUUCUGAUGAACAGUCUUUCCUUCUGUGCAGACCAGGAGAUCCCACACUUCUUCUGUGAUAUCAACCCCCUCCUGAGUCUUUCCUGCACAGAUCCCUUCAUCAAUGAGCUGGUGAUCUUUACUGUCGGGGGACUGGCAGGCUUGGUCUGUGUCCUUUGCCUGAUUAUCUCUUAUGCCUACAUUUUCUCAACCAUCCUGAAGAUCCCUUCAACUCAGGGAAAGCGGAAAGCCUUUUCUACCUGCAGCUCUCACCUCUCUGUGGUCUCUCUUUUCUUUGGGACUUCCUUUUGUGUUUAUUUCAGUCCUCCCUCAACCCGCUCAGCACAGAUGGGCACCAUUGCAUCAGUGAUGUAUACCGUGGUUACCCCGAUGCUGAAUCCCUUUAUCUAUAGUUUAAGGAAUCGGGAUAUUAAGGCUUCCCUGAGAAAACUCAUGUGGGUUAGGAAACUACAUUCUCCUUAG